CAGAGCGAACCCGCGAUCCGGCUGGAGCUCCGGCCGCGCCGAUGGGGGUCCCGUUGCAGCCCCCGCUGCUGGCCCACCUGGCCGGGGUGGUGCUGGCCGCAGGAGCUCUGUCCAUCCCUGCCAACAUCAGCUACGCCUUCGACGAGAGCAACUGCAUCUUGAGUGUCCAGUGGGACGAUGUCCGGCCCUCCCCGAGGAACUCCUGCGACUAUUACACCGGUCUGUUCAAUGGCAACGCCUGGGUGGAAGAGAAAUGGAGUGAAGCCCUCUCCAAGAAAAUGGCGGUCUCUCUGGGGAAAAAUAUGUCUUUUGGGCUACGGACGUCUUGUAACAACACCGUGGAAGGAGAAUUGUUUAAAAUCCCUCUGGAACAAAACGGCACGGCAGAGACAGGUGCUACGAACGUCAGCUGCAUUUGUCACAACAUGGAAUGGAUGGCCUGUUCGUGGAAGCGAGGAAGGCAAGCACCUCGGGACACCAACUACCACCUCUCCUUCUGGCACGACAACCUGGAAGAAAGGCAGCGGUGCACAAAUCGCAGCGUUGACGGAGACACCUUCCGAUGCGUUUUCCCCAUCAACUGUUCUGGACAACGCACACUGGUUCUUUCUAUCCGAAGCGAUUCUGAAGACAUCCAGCCGGUGUGUGUGCUCACGAAGGAAGGUACAGACAAACCUGAUUAUCCAAUAAAACUUCACCCACCAACAAAUCUGAAAGUUAAGCGGGUCAAUAAUCUUUAUCUAACAUGGAAUGCUUCCAGCUCCUGGAAUGGCAUAUGCUAUCAGGUUGAAACAAAUGGCGUUAGGAAAGAGCCUUCGGAAGACGACACCACAGUACCCCUCAACCUUGAGCCCAAGAAGUAUCACAUUCUCCGAGUGAGGGCUGUGUUGGGCAAGGUCGCAAGUGGGUGCAAGGAAGUACGAGGUCUUUGGAGUGAAUGGAGCGAGCCAGCGUACUGGGAUGAACGGGAGAACUCUGAAACAUCGCACAUCGUUUUGGUCGUCCUGAUUCCAUUAAGUGUUGCAGUCUUGCUUAUCAUUCUCCUCGUUUAUCUGAAGAGGAUUCAGCUGUUGAUCUUCCCGAUAAUUCCUGACCCUGAAAAAGUUCUAAAACGAAUGUUUGAAGAUCAGAGAGAGGAAUAUCUGCCAUUUGAAUAUCCAUCCGAAUUCAUUAAACCCGAUACAAUCAGUAGAAACAGACUACAAGAUGAGCUAGCCAAAGGAAACCCUCUGCUCCUACUGGCAGCGCCUACAGGAAAUGAGAAAAUCAGGCUGCUGUUUUCAUAUCAGACGACUUCUGAAUGUAAACCAAGCAAGGUCAAUGCUGCAUUGGCAAGGCUGAUCUCAAGGGGUGAUGGAAAAGGACUCUUUGCACACAUUUGCUUAUUCGUUGAACACACCUUGAUGGAUCCAGCAAAUGCAGGCAGGAGAAGUGGAAAUUCACUCUUCACCUGGCAACUUUCCCUUCGUCCCCAAAGUUAUCAAAAAUUGAAUUAUCAAGCCGCAUGGUAGCUUCUGUGAAGUGACAUUGGCUCUAAAGGACUGGUGUUUUUAUACACAUCUGCCAGUUCAACAGCAAUACAGUUAUCUGCAGUCAAAACUGGCAAAGCCUUUCACCUUACAUGAAUGGUGUGGUACCAACUUAGCCCCUCAUCGGGAUAAACCCAGAAUUUCUCAAGAGGAGACAAAAUGGUGGACAAGACUGGCGAUGCUUGCAUCCAUUAUUAUUAUUAUUAUUCUCCUUUUUCUCCUGGUUUUGUGUCACUUGCUUGUCACAAGCGCAUGGAUGUAGAAAGUCUAGGAAGGGGUUUUCCCAUAUCUUAAUUGCUUAAGUUAGGUUUCGAUGCUGAUAAGCGCAUUCAGACCACUUGGAACGAUAAGACGACACCACAAAUCUGAAGCUGAACAAGAUCGUCGUUCGCUUGGCUGGAACCCAAAGGCCGAGCGGUUGCACAAUCCACCAAAUUAUGCCAAAGGAUUUGAGUGCGUGUCCAAAGCCAUGUUUACAGUGGUGUUUUUGAGCUGGUGAAUUUAUCUUUUGCCAGCAAACUCCCCCCCCCCCAGAUAAACUGUAAAAAGCCUUGAGAUUAAUUUGUAUGUUUUUCAGGUUCUGUAAAAACUUUGUUGAGUUGUACCAUUUUAUGUAAAACAAUGAAUGAUACUUUUUUUCUAAUAGAAGAAA